AUGCGCCUCUGCUCCGCGGCUCCCCUCCGUGGCCGCCCUCGGGUCCGCUCGUGGCCGGGUCGCCUGCGCCAUUGCCCUCUCGCGCGCAGGGCCCCUACCGCGCGGCUGCGCGCUCCAGGCCGCGCCGGGCCGCUCGCCCCGACCACCGCUAGGUUGCGCGGACGCCGCCUGGGGCCUCCUCGCGCGUUCUCGGCCGCGGCCGGCUGCCCGGGCGCCUUCGUCCCCACGCGCCGCUCUGGCUCCCGCGGCUGCGCGCGCGCCGGCUGCUGGCUGGUCGGUCCCCUACCGUCGCGUCACCUCUGGCUGCGCCCGUGUGCCGGCCCGUAUCCGCGUCGCGGCGCCGCCUCCUCCUUCGAACACGGCCUCCGCGCCCGGCCGACUGCCGGCUCCCGCACUGCUGCAGAGCCCCGCGCCGGCCUCGCUCUCCCGUGCGCUGACCCGCGGUCGAGUGCCCCUCGCCGGCUUGCCGAGGCCGGCUCCGGCUCGUGCCUCGACCCGUCCGGCUGGCUCCACUUCCGUAAGACGGCGGCCGGGUUCUCCGCCCCCGUGCCGACUUCUCCACGCGCGCCGGCUGCGCCUCGCCUCCGCUCCAGUCGGCUGCCGGGUCCGGCUCCUCCCGCGUCGCCGCACCAGGUCCGGCUCCCGCAUCGCCUCGCCCUCCCGCAUGACGACUCCGCCCCGCACGCCACACCUCCCGUGCUCGACCGGGUCACCGUGCGCCCGCUGGCCGGCUCCUCCGGGUCACCUCCCUGCGCCCAGCCCGGGCCGGCUCACCGCCUCCGCUCCUCCCGGCUCCGCCUCCGCCCAGCUGCGCCUCGCGCGCUCGGCUCGGUGCGCCCGCUACCCGGCCCUGGCUGGCUCCGCCACUCGGCCCCGCCUCGCCGCCACCUGGCCUCGCCGGCUAUAGCUCCCGCCGCGAGCGCCGUGGUGGGCUGUGCCCCGUCGGGUCCCCGCUCCGGCCGUCUGCUGUGGCCGACACCUGAAAAAAAAACUGAAGAAAGAAAGGGGCUGGGUGCCCAUCCGGCUAGAGAAAAGAAAGAAGAGGUCGGCUGCUGCGCUCCCACUGCGGCCGCCUGCUGCGGUUGCGUGCUCGAAGAAGAAAAGAAAAAGAAAAGCCAGAUGAGGAGCGGCCUCUGCUCUUCUUCGCCCGAGCCGGACUGCGUCGCUAAUGCGCCUCUGCUCCGCGGCUGCCCUCCGUGGCCGCCCUCGGGUCCGCUCGUGGCCGGGUCGCCUGCGCAGUUACCCUCUCGCGCGCAGGGCCCCUGCCGCGCGGCUGCGCGCUCCAGGCCGCCCCGGGCCGCUCGCCCCCACCACCGCUGGGUUGCGCGGACGCCGCCUGGGGCCUCCUCGCGCGUGCUCGGCCGCGACCUGCUGCCCGGGCCCCUUCGUCCCCACGCGCCGCUCCGCGGCUCCCACGGCUGCGCGCGCGCCGGCUGCUGGCUGGUCGGUCCCCCACCUUCGCGUCACCUCUGGCUGCGCCCGUGUGCCGGCCCGUAUCCGCGUCGCGGCGCCACCUCCUCCUUCUCACACGGCGUCCGCGCCCGGCCGACUGCCAGCUCCCGCACUGCUGCACAGCCCCGCGCCGGCCUCGCUCUCCCGUGCGCCGACCCGCGGUCGAGUGCCCCUCGCCGGCUUGCCGAGGCCGGCUCCGGCUCGUGCCUCGACCCGUCCGGCUGGCUCCACUUCCGUAAGACGGCGGCCGGGUUCUCCGCCCCCGUGCCGACUUCUCCACGCGCGCCGGCUGCGCCUCGCCUCCGCUCCAGUCGGCUGCCGGGUUCGGCUCCUCCCGCGUCGCCGCACCAGGUCCGGCUCCCGCAUCGCCUCGCCCUCCCGCAUGUCGACUCCGCCCCGCACGCCACACCUCCCGCGCUCGACCGGGUCGCCGUGCGCCCGCUGGCCGGCUCCUCCGGGUCACCUCCCCGCGCCCGGCCCGGGCCGGCUCACCGCCUCCGCUCCUCCCGGCUCCGCCUCUGCCCAGCUGCGCCUCGCGCGCUCGGCUCGAUAAUGGCCGUAUGCGGCUUGCCUCCGCUCGCCUCCGCCCACGCGUACGCGCUGCCGUCCCGGCUCGCCUCCGCGCCGCCAACUGCUAUUGCUGCCCAGGCCCGCACCACGGCUUCCCGACGGGGCAUGGCCCCUCUGCUCGCUCCUGUCCCUCGCCGGAUGCACGCGCAGGAGCGGCCUCUGCUCUUCUUCGCCCGAGCCGGACUGCGUUGCUAA